GGAUAUUAAUAAAGAGGAUAAAGUGAAUAUUAAUGAAGAAACGUCUAAAGCUAGAUCAAAAGAAAUUUUUAUGGAAGAUUCUAUUUAUAAGCUUUUUCAGCAAGUCUUCGUAAAUGAUUCUUGGAGUUGUGCUUCACCAAUCAAAAAGCCUUACUAUUCAGCUAGAAUAUUUCCU